AUGAGCAGUACUAAAAUUGAACUCCACUAUUUAGGGCUUGCUGCCUCUUCAGUGAAUUUGGUACUCUCACUGUCGAUAGAUAUCCGAAGGAGACUUCUUGUGUAGUAUCAGAAAUGGAGACUUCAAUCAGAUGUGGCGGAGAUUCGAAAGCUUUGAAAAUCCAUGCCAAAGAGAAGCUCUUCAUCGACUCCAAUACUCGAUUGCAGCCUUCAAUUUGUGUUUUGAAGCAUCAAGUUUUAUCCAAUGUACUGGAAUUGAGAACGGAUUGGGGGUUUAAUUAUGGUAAUCGGAAGAAGAGAUGCGGAAUGUUCGUGUUGAGAGCGUCGAGCAAUUCUGGGAGUUCUGAUGACGGCAAGCACAUUGGUGAGAUUGUUGUUGAAGCGAAGAGAGAUAAGGUGGUGGAUUUCAAAAACCAAGUUGCAAGAUUGCAAGCAACAGUUGCUUCUUUACCUCCCGUCGUUUUAGUGAUGAAAAGACAACCUGGAAGUAAUUUUGCUAUUGUGUUUUGUAUCCUUGCAACAAUAUUGUUUAUUUCGGUGAGAGUUCAUAUGGCGAAGAAGGCAAGAUACAGCCGUCCUGGCUCUGUGGCCGAUCUUGUCAGGCGUGGCCAGCUAAGAUCUGAUAGAAGAGGCAUCUCCACGCCUCUGAAGUAUGAAGACCCAUUCAAUAACCCAUUGGUGAAGGUUGGUAAGAGCAAUUCAACUGUUGAGAUGUGUGGAAAGGUCUAUCGCUUGGCACCGGUGACUCUCACAAGAGAGCAACAAGCUAUCCAUCAAAAGAGGAGGUCACGUGCAUAUCAGUGGAAGAGACCUACCGUAUUUCUUAGAGAGGGCGAUCCAGUGCCCCCUGAUGUAGACCCCGAUACGAUUAGGUGGAUUCCUGCAAAUCAUCCUUUUGCAACUACUGCCAGUGACAUUGAUGAGGAUUUGGCUCAAAACAACGUGUAUCAGAAACAUGGGGUUCCGUUCCGUAUUCAGGCUGAACACGAGGCACUGCAGAGAAAGCUUGAAGCACUACAAAGUCAACAACAAUUCAAGAAGUUAGUAAUAGAUCCUGGAGCUGCCAAGGAUUUUGAGAGACCAUUCAGGUCACAUCCAAAGGAUGGGAAAAUAGAAGAUAACCAAUCUUAUAAUCCUUUGGCUCCCAAGCCUUCCAAAUUGGAACACGGCCCCAACUCCUUUGGAAGCAACUCAACCUCUGAAGAGUCGCCAGAAAUCUAGGGAAUCAAAAUUUAUAUGUGGUUGCAGUAUCAAAAUUUACAUAUGGUUGCAGUAACCUCCAACAUUUUGAAUUUAUGACGAAAUAGAGUCCAAAUGAUGUGUAUCUAACACCUUAGAUUUGGUAUCCUCUUGUUGCUGCUACCUUCGGGUGUCCCAGUUCAAAUUGCCAUAUGUACAACUGUAAAUAUUACUCCUGACCUGAGUUCUACACUUUCGAGCAGGCUUUGUGUUUGCAGUGUAUCCUGAGCGUAUUUUUGUUAUGAUGGCUGCUUUUGUAAUGCCAUGAGAGCAAAAUCUAUCUUCAUCUUGUCUCUCUGAGACAUUGAGGCU